GUUAUCCGAACCCUCCCAUCAACUCAGAUACAUACAAAAUGAAGCUAAUUAGAUUGUUUGUUCCUGAAAACAUUGACACAUACCUUAUCCACAUGGCAAUUGGGAUUCUGGGAAAUGAUUUGAACAACAGACUGUUAUGUCAACCUUCUUGUGAUUCCAACAAAAAGAGAUGUUUCCCCAACUCUGAAGAGAGCUGUUCAAGUUCUAAGAGAAGCAAGGAAGAAGUAUGCACUGAUACCAAGGUUGCUGGGACAUGUCCUGGUGCUAUUUCAUCAAAAGAAGAGAUUGACAGAAAUUCACCAAGACUCACUUCUGGGAAUCAGCCAUCCAGUGAUCCAGAAAUAGACGAUUUAUUUACGGAUUCUCAUUCACAGAUUUCAUCUGAAACCUUAAAUACAAAAUUACCUGAAUGGCGUGCCAGAGGAAAUUAUGCCAGCAAGAAAUCAGUAACCAAAACAAAAAAGGGGGUCUUUUUAGUUAAUCUGGCAUUCGUCAGAGGAAUUCUGACUGACAUCGUAAAACAGCGUUGUACAAUUCACAUAAAGCAUGUAAGUCUUCAAGAACCUGAGUGA